AAGGAGCGUGUGUUCAUCCACCGCGUAACCAUGUCCGCCGAAACCUUGCAUACUGUACGUGUCAAGCACGGCAAGGAUAUUCAAGAGUUCUGCCACCACUCAACAGCCCUCAUCCACCCAGUAGUAUCAAAAACGCUCCAAAUCCCACCAACAAAACUGACUCUGAGUAAGCUCUUCCAAGCUCAAAUCUCAAGCACUCCGGCUCAUAUGAGAAAAGUCCACGCAGGACGUAAACUAUCUCCAACAAGCACAUUCGCAGAUUUCCCAGUCUGUACGACGCUCCUAGCCCUUGGACCAAGGGAUGAAAAUCCAGAUGGGUGUCAUCCAAGGGAUAUUGAGGUUUUGAUGGCACAACUGGGUGUAGAUCGGAAUACAGCCAUCAAGGCCUUGAGGAAUAACGGGUUUGAUCUUGUGGAUGCGAUAUUGCAUCUGGGAUAAUUCGAUGUAACUUCCCCAUGCCAAAGCUUGUGCCCAACAAUAUACAUUGUGUUCAUGAUGAACGUAAAGAUGGC